AUGAAAUUCCUUUGGAGUUUAGAAAGCAUCGGUAUAACAGAUUCUCCCAAAACAACCAGAGAAGAAGAAGCAGUUAAAUAUUUCAAUGAAACGGUACAGUAUAACAAUGGCAGAUAUGAGGUCAAGUGGCCAUGGAUCCAAUACCCGCCUGAUUUACCAACAAAUUAUGGUUUAGCCUAUGGUAGGUUAAAAGGCUUGUUACGGAGAUCUGAUGAGAGCACGCUCAACGAGUAUAACCGAAUUUUAAAAGAACAAUUAGAUAAAAAAAUCAUCGAAGAAAUUGAACCUAAAACGGUACCUAUCUAUCAAGUAAAUCCUCCUGUGCACUAUCUGCCACAUCACAUAGUAAAACAAGAAGGUAAAAGCGGGCGGAUCGUCUAUGAUGGUUCAGCGAAGAUAAAGGAAGGCAAUAGUUUAAAUGAAUGUAUGUACCGAGGUCCUUCAUUGCUAGAAGAUCUCACUGCGCUAUUGAUUAAAUUUAGAACCGGCAAAGUAGGAAUUACUGCAGAUGUUGAGAAGGCGUUCUUACAAAUUGGUCUUCAAAAUGAAGACAGAGACGUAACAAGAUUUCUCUGGGUUAAGGACCCUAGUAAAGAACUGACAGAUGAUAACAUACGACAUUUCCGAUUUUGUAGAAUCCCGUUCGGCAUAAUUUCUAGUCCAUUCUUACUAACAGCAUCAAUUCGAUACCAUAUAACCAAAACAAAUGAAGCUCUACUCACAAAAAUAGCAGACAAGUGCUACGUUGAUAAUUUAGUGACAUCUGUUGAAUCGCUAGAUGAAGCUUUACGCUUGUAUAAUGAAACCAGGACAGUAUUUAACGAGCUUUCAAUGAAUAUAAGAGACUGGGUGUCAAAUGACAGUCAAUUUAUGGAGAAGAUCCCAAAGAGCCAGUCAGGAAAUCAAUCAGUAAAAUUGAAAAUACUGGGUCUCAUUUGGAACCUACAAGAUGACACUUUACAACUUAAAGUUGAAGAUAAGGCGCUUGAAGCUCAAGCCAAAGAUGAACUGAACAAAAAGGAUAUCCUUAGAGCUCUUGCCCGUGUCUAUGAUCCAUGUGGGUUUGCGUCGCCUCUUAUUCUGCCAGCUAAAUUACUGUUUCAAGACUUGUGCAUCCAGAAAUUUAGAUGGGACGCACCUUUACCAAUGAAUAUAGUUCAAAAAUGGAAAUCCAUUGUGGAGAAAUUAAAGACAGCAAAAGAUAUAAAGAUCCCUAGAUAUGUGGCCGAAGACAUGCCGGAAGGCGCAAUGCAAUAUGAACUUCAUGUCUUUACCGAUGCUUCUAAGUUCGCCUACUCAGCUGUUGCGUAUUUACGCACCCAAUGUGGAGGGACGACUAAAACUGCGUUCCUAAUGUCAAAAUCCCGCGUAACGCCUGUAGAAGACAAAGAAAAUUUGAAGAUUCCCCGUCUAGAACUACUGGGCUAUUUGAUAGGAAGUAGGUUGCUCAAGUACUUGAAGAAUAACCUGAACCUGACAAUUCAUAAGCAGUACUUAUGGACGGAUAGCCAAGUUGUGCUUUACUGGCUUAGAACUAACCACUUACUGCCACCCUUCGUAAAGAGACGCAUAGAUGAAAUAAAUCAACUAAAGGACGUCGAGUUCUGUUACAUAAACACUAACGAAAAUCCAGCUGAUUUAGGGACACGUCCGGAACUAUGGGAUGAAAAGCAAGCCUUAUGGUUUACAGGCCCACCUUUCCUUGUCAAAGACUCAAAAUUCUGGUCAAGUAACAGGUACUUAGAACAAAAUACUCUUCUUUUGGCCGGGGAGGUCCUGGACAUAAUAGAUGGUCCAGAAAUGGUACUGAAAGGGUAUGAAGUAGACCCACCUGCCUACCUUACGGGAGAAAUUCAGGAAGUAGAUGCCAGAAGUGAAACAGAAGUUACUAACAACAAAGAGCCUGAAAUCGGUACCGCAGAUUUACCUGAUUCCCUCACAGGAGUGGAUCAGGGGGUAAUUACUAAUGAUACUAAGACUGAAACCGGUAUUACAGAAAUCUUGGAAGUACAAAAGAAACAUUUCCCUGAUGAGAUAAACGGAAAAAAGACUGCGUUAAUGAGAAGCCUUGAUCUGUUCCUAGAUGUGGAUGGAAUCUUGCGGUGUGGUGGACGUAUGAAACAUACGAACUGGUCUUAUGAUAAAAAGCAUCCGAUACUUAUUCCAAAGAACUCAGAGUUUACCAACAGAGUUAUACAAGAAGUACACGAAAAAAACUACCAUGUAGGUCCACCUCAUACUUUGAAUAUUAUUCGAGAGCAAUAUUGGAUCCCGCAAGGUAAAGCUCAAGUAAUGAAGGUCAUUAAAAAGUGUAAGAAAUGUCUGAAGCAAGGUGGAGGGCCCUACAAAUUACCUCAAACUGCAGCAUUGCCUCCCGAGCGAGUAAACUAUAGCCCUCCCUUUACGUUUACUGGGGUUGAUUACUUUGGGCCAAUGUAUGUUACCACCACAAAUGGAAAUCGAGAAAAAAGAUGGGUCUGUUUGUUCACCUGUCUGGCAGUCCGUGCGAUACAUUUAGAAUUAGUGAAAGACUUGACAGCGGAGGAGUGUCUCCUUGCAGUAAGACGAUUGGUGGCAGCUAGAGGUAUACCAAAUACAAUUAUAUCAGACAACGCUUUGCAAUUUAAGCUAACAUCCGAAAUAUUAAUUAACUGCUACUGCACCGAAAAUAAAAUAAAAUGGAAGUUCAUUCCGCAGUUAGCCCCGUGGCAUGGCGGAUUUUAUGAGCGGCUAGUUGGAAUUGUAAAGCACUGUCUUAAAAGGACUUUGGAUAAGCAUUUAUUGAAUGACAGUCAAUUAGUCACCAUUAUCAAAGAAGUCGAAUCAGUGGUCAACACAAGACCUUUGACUAAUGUAGGUGCUGAUUUGGAGUAUGUCCUGAAACCUGCAGAUUUUUUGACUCUAGGGAAAUGUUUGGAAUUGACUCCCUCAAGUAACGUUAUAGGCGUUGAUGGGACUACUACAAAAACGGAUCUUGUCCAAGGAUGGAAACGAGGCCAGUCUAUCUUAGCGGAAUUUAAGAAGAUGUUUCAAGAACAAUAUCUGACUAGUCUUCGUGAGAAACAUCGGGGAUCAAUAAGACAACCUCGAGUAACUUCAGACCGGACACCUCAACUUGGAGACAUAGUACAAAUAAAAGAGGAAUUGAAGAAUAGGAAUACAUGGAAAGUUGGGAAGAUAACUUCGUUAAUAAAAGGUCAGGAUGGUCAGUGCCGUGUAGCGAAAGUGAAAGUGGGUAAUACAGAAUUCACCAGGUCAAUCGGUCAUCUUUACCCACUAGAAGUUGACAACGCCAGUGAAGACACCCAAACUUCUGACAUCUUAAAUCCGGUUAUUCCAACUCCAUUGGAUCCACCUACAAACAAUGACCAAGUUGAAAUCAACAGCGUGCCAACACCAAUACCAAUCAACAUAAACCCACAAGUCCCGCAACAAAGCUGCGAGUACCCUAAACAAAAUCAGGGAGAUGUGGCAGAUCUGUCCCACAAGGAAGUGACUGUUCCGGCAGAGGAAGAUGUAGCCAAUUCAACCAAUGAAGAUGUAACUUAUCCAGUUGACGAAUGUAUGUCAGAGCCCGAUGACAUAUUUGUGACUGAACCAACCGCACCAGUUACACCCAAUAUGCGGGACGAUGCUGUCCAAAGAUCAACGCCAGCUAGACAAGCAGCCAUUCGAGCGAAGGAAAAAAUCGCCGAAUGGACGCGCAACCUAAUAAUCCUGUUGCAGUAG